AUGUAAAAGAAUUUGUGAGAGCCAACCAACUCUUGAUCAGGGUGGGUACAAAGAGGAGACAUGGGCACACAGGCACACAUCACAUCAGUUGCCUGUAGAGCCAAGGAGUUGGUUGACUGUGCCUGGGACCCAGAGCCUAUCUGACUUAGAGAGGAAGGUGCCAAUGUCUUCCCUGGUGAAUGAUAACAAAGAACCUAGGCAUUCAAGUCAAAGAAGUUAUGGCUCCAUCAGCUCCCCAUACACACCAGGGUUGCACCAAGAAAUUCCGAAGUCAAUCUACUUAAAUGAGAAGAUCCCAAUUCCUGACACAAAACCAGGAAGAUUUAGCUUCCGGAAGCUGUGGGCCUUCACAGGACCAGGAUUCCUCAUGAGCAUAGCUUUUCUGGAUCCUGGAAAUAUUGAAUCUGACCUGCAAGCUGGAGCCGCUGCUGGAUUCAAACUGCUGUGGGUACUGCUCUGGGCCACUGUACUGGGCUUACUAUGCCAGCGCCUGGCUGCCCGUCUUGGGGUGGUGACCGGCAAGGACCUGGCAGAGAUCUGCCAUCUGUAUUACCCCAAGGUGCCCCGCGUCCUGCUGUGGCUGGUUAUGGAAAUGGCAAUCAUUGGUUCGGAUAUGCAGGAGGUCAUUGGCACAGCCAUCGCCUUCAGCCUGCUUUCUGCUAGGAGGAUUCCCCUCUGGGGUGGUGUGCUCAUCACCAUUGUCGAUUCGCUGUUCUUCCUUUUCCUGGAUAAUUAUGGGCUGCGAAAGCUGGAAGCCUUCUUCGGGUUCCUCAUCACCAUCAUGGCUCUGACCUUCGGCUAUGAGUACGUGGUGGUGAAGCCAGACCAGGGGGCAUUGCUCAAGGGACUCUUUCUGCCCUCCUGCUCAGGUUGUGGCCAGCCCGAGCUCCUGCAGGCAGUAGGCAUCGUGGGAGCUAUCAUCAUGCCCCACAACAUCUACUUACACUCUGCUCUGGUCAAGUCCAGAAGAAUCGAUCGUUCCCAAAGACACGAAGUCCGAGAAGCCAACAUGUAUUUCCUGAUAGAGGCUUCCAUCGCUCUCUUUGUCUCCUUCCUCAUCAACCUGUUUGUCAUGGCGGUCUUUGGCCAGGCCUUCUACCAACAUACCAACCAGACUGUGCAUGAUGUAUGUGCCAAUGGGAGUCUCUCUUCUUACACCUCAUUUCUCAAGGAUGACCAGCCUGUGACUGCAGACAUUUACCAGGGGGGAGUGAUUCUCGGUUGCUUCUUCGGCCCUGUGGUCCUCUAUAUCUGGGCUGUGGGCAUCCUGGCAGCCGGCCAGAGCUCCACCAUGACAGGCACCUAUGCUGGGCAGUUUGUGAUGGAGGGCUUCCUGAAGCUCCGCUGGUCCCGGUUUGCUAGAGUCCUCUUCACUCGCUCCUGUGCCAUCCUCCCCACCAUCCUGGUGGCCAUCUUCAGGGAUAUACAAGACUUGUCUGGUUUGAAUGACUUGUUAAAUGUGCUACAGAGCCUGCUGCUCCCCUUUGCUGUGUUUCCCAUCCUCACCUUCACCAGUAUGCCCGCCAUCAUGCAGGAGUUCACCAAUGGCCUGAUAUGCAAAAUCACCACAUUCCUCAUCAUGGGCCUAGUCUGUACCAUCAACGCCUACUUUGUAAUCAGUUACUUGGAGGGGCUUCCGCAUCCCGGAUACUACGGGCCGGUAGCUCUGCUAGCUGCUGCCUACCUCGCUCUCUUCUUCUACCUGAUGUGGACCUGUUGCAUUGCCCACGGGGCUGCUACACUGAUGCACAGUUCUCACCAGCAGUUCCUCUACGGACUCCCACAAGAAGAGGAGGAAGAGGGGAGUCCCACCAGCUGAGACCCUAUUCCCCGGGGCCAGGAUAGGCCAGAGGAGGAGGGGGAGUCUCACCUGCUGGAAAACUCGGCUUAAGGCCCCUCACUUAAGGCUAGGGUUAAUCAGAAGGUCAAGUCGUAAGAGAGGUCCCAGGUCCAGGGGCCCUUCGCCCUUGAACUUCAGGACACUGAGUGAAUAGGGGGUGGGGGGAGGGAGAAUAAAGCACUGAUAACUGGAGAGAGGAAGAUGGGAGCGAAAACUAAAUCAGGAAUCCCUCACACUCUCGGAUUACUGGGGUCCUUUACUUCUUGCCCACAUCUCAGGAGAGGGCUGGGAUCCGGGGUCGCCCCCUCUCCCCCACCAGCUCUGUACCCAUUUUCCUGGCGGGAACACAGAAUUAUGGUUCACGCCCCAGUUGGGAGCCCUUGCCUUCCGGGCCCGACUCAUUUGUCAUCUCCCGGGGGAAGGCCAGGCGUCCGCAACUCCCACGCCUCGCUCAUUAGAGGCGACCCACAAGUCCCUCAAGGGGCAGGAAAGUUCCCAACUUGGGGCACCCCCCCAAGGAGCCACAGCGAGGUCAGUAGGGUCUCGGGGCGCUCUCAGCUCCAGCUGGGGAGAGUGGGUGCCCUCGCCUCUCAUUCUACAGAACGUGAAAGGCCGGGGGAAGCCCCAGGGAUUGGAUGGGGCUCCCCCCCCUCCCUCCCCUACGCCCAGCGCCGGAGCGGCUCUUUACCGACGGUCCCUGAGCGGUUUCAAGGCUCCCCCAGCUCCCUCCUCCCUCUCUACCUCCCGCCUCCACUCACUGAAGUCUGGAGAACGGGCCCAGGGUGGGAAGGGGGAACAGGGACUGGGGGCUCUGCGUUCCAGGGCCCGAAGCUUUAUGUAGAUUGGGGCGCAUGAGGAAUAGGGGCGCCCAGGCCGCCCAUCUUCCAAGAACCCCCAAGUCCGGUUGUCCGGACCCGCUUCAGGGCUGGGGCGCUUGUUUUUGAGAAGAAUUUCCUCUUUCUUAAAAGGGCGACGGCUUAGGUGGGGCCCGCAGUGUAGGAGAGAUGGGGCGUGGUGUAGGAAGAAGAGGGGAAGGAAAGGGAGGGGAGUGGUGGAGAAGGGUUGGGAGGAGACCCACCCAAAUAGCCGGGGUGGAUUUACCAUCACCCCCCCACCUCGUCUCCCUUUCCCUAAUAAACCUAUGCCACACUUCCCGUUUGUGUGAAGUUUUUUACACCUAACAAGCAGUUAAUUGAUAUUCAUCUCCCUGGCUUUCCCGGGCGAAUUAGAUCAAAAGUGCUUAAGUGAAAGAGUUAGGAUCCCAAACCUGGUUCCUUUGAUGCUCAGUCUUUUAUUCAAGCCAGGAGAGUCCCUAACCGAGAAGAGUUCAAAUUCGACCUCAGUCACUAGCUGUGUGACCCUUUGGCAAGUAGCUUAACCUCUGCCUGCCUCAAUUGCCUCAACUGUAAAAUGGGGACAAUAAUAGCACCUAAUUCGUAGGUUGUUCUAAGAAGCACAUGUGGCUCUAUUUGUAAAGUGGUAAGUGUAAAAGUGGUAGGCGCUGUAUAAAUAAAUGUUCAUUUUCCUUCCUUUCCCUCUAAUUUGCCCUUUCUACUUAGCUGCUGUGGAAGGUCACUCAGUUCCCAUCCUUAGGGUUAUCUUCUACACUUCCCUCUCCCUUCUUCCCACUAGGAGCAACAGACUGCCAGACCUGAUUGAUUGGCUGGGGGCUCCACACGACCACCCUAAUUGAGACUCUAAUCACCUCUGGACCAGACUACUGCAACCGUCUCCUAAUUGGUAUUUGCCCUAUCGCCACAUUACCCUGUACAUACCCUUGUAUAGCUGCCGGAUUAGCCUUUAAGCGCUGCGUCUGACCACGUCACCACCCCACCCCCACCCGAGCUCAAGAACGUUCUGUAGCUCCCUUCUGCCUAUAGGAUAAAAUCCAGACUUUUCAGUGUGCUGUGUAAAUUCUAUAAAUCUGCCUCCAGCCUCUUCCAGGCUUAUUUCAUAUUUCUCCCCUUCACACGUUCUGAAUUUCAGGCUAACUGGCCUCCUGAUUCUUGUAAUUCAGCAUUCCAUCUUCACUUUCACCCCACCCCCUGCCUCAUCUCUGUCUCAUGAGUCCUUAACUUUCUCUGAGGCUGGGCUCUUGGCAACUCCUAUUGGAAGCUUCCCUGAUUCCUGAGAGCUGUUAAUGCUCUCUCCCUGUUCAAAUUAGCUUUAUGCAUUUGUACACGUAGUUUCCUCCUAAAAGAAUGCAAAUUUCUUUUUCAA